AAAUAAAGGUGAAUUCCAGGCAUGAGCCUUCCAGGGGGAAAGGGGGACUUCCCCGCCCCUUGGGCUCCCAGGUGCGCCGCCCGCGCCGCCCACCCGGCGCCAGGCGAGGGGAGCCGCGCUAGGACCGGAGGAGGAAGCUCUGCUGGGAGACUGACGGGGCCUCCAGCGGGUGCUGCCGCGAGCGGCCGGCGGAGGGGCUGGAAAUGAAAGUACAGCGCUCCGGAGCCACAUGGACGGAGCUGCCCGGGCGGCGGCGCCGGGAGCAGGAUGCGGCCGCCCGUAAUUAAAUAGCAUUUACUCUUAUUAUUACUAAUAAUAAUAACGUAAUCAUACCUCUAGUCAUAGCAUACCAUUUAUCGGGCUCGGCGCAGGCCCGCGGGGAGCGCAGCCCGGCCGAGAGACUGAUGGAGAGGCAGAGACGGAAGGCGGACAUCGAGAAGGGGCUGCAGUUCAUUCAGUCGACACUACCCCUAAAGCAAGAAGAAUAUGAGGCCUUUCUGCUCAAGCUGGUGCAGAACUUGUUUGCCGAGGGCAAUGACCUGUUCCGGGAGAAGGACUACAAACAGGCUCUGGUGCAGUACAUGGAGGGGCUGAACGUGGCCGACUACGCUGCCUCCGACCAGGUGGCCCUGCCCCAGGAGCUGCUGUGCAAGCUGCACGUCAACAGGGCUGCCUGCUACUUCACCAUGGGCCUGUUUGAGAAGGCGCUGGAGGACAGCGAGAAGGCGCUGGGCCUGGACGGCGAGAACAUCCGGGCGCUGUUCCGCAAGGCGCGUGCCCUCAACGAGCUGGGACGUCACAAGGAGGCCUAUGAGUGCAGCAGCCGCUGCUCGCUCGCCCUGCCCCACGAUGACAGUGUAACUCAGCUUGGUCAGGAGCUGGCUCAGAAGCUUGGGCUACGAGUUCGGAAGGCGUAUAAGAGGCCCCAGGAAUUGGAAACCUUUUCUCUGCUCAGCAACGGCACUGCGGCUGGUAUGGCAGAUCAGGGAACCUCCAAUGGAUUGGGGUCCAUAGAUGACAUUGAAACAGACUGCUACGUGGACCUGCGAGGCUCCCCAGCGCCCCUCCCCUCUACCCCCACGAUGCCCCUGUUCCCUCACGUUCUGGACUUGCUGGCCCCCCUGGACAGCAGCAGCAGGGCCCUUCCCAGCACCGAGGGCCUGGAUGACUUCUCUGACGGGGAUGUCUUUGGUCCUGAGCUCGAUACUCUCCUGGACUCACUGUCUCUGGUCCAGGGUGGCCUGCCUGGCAGCAGUGUGCCCAGCGAGUUGCCUCAGCUGAUACCUGUGUUUCCUGGUGGGACCCCGUUGCUGCCACCCGUGGUAGGUGGCUCCAUCCCUGUCUCCAGCCCACUGCCCCCUGCCUCCUUUGGCCUCGUCAUGGACCCCUCCAAGAAGCUGGCUGCCUCUGUGCUGGAUGCCCUCGACCCCCCGGGCUCUGCACUGGACUCCCUGGACCUGCUGCCAUACUCGGAGACCCGGCUGGACGCCCUGGACAGCUUUGGGUCAACCCGGGGCUCCCUGGACAAGCCCAACUCCUUCAUGGAAGAUACCAACUCACAGGACCAUCGUCCCCCAAGCGGUACUCAGAAAGCAGCCCCCUCGCCAGAGCCCUCCAUGCCCAAUACUGCCUUGCUCAUCAAGAACCCCUUGGCUGCCACCCACGAGUUCAAGCAGGCCUGCCAGCUCUGCUACCCCAAAACAGGCCCCAGGGCAGGUGACUACACCUACCGAGAGGGCCUUGAGCACAAGUGCAAGCGGGACAUCCUGCUCGGCCGGCUCCGGAGCUCAGAGGACCAGACCUGGAAGCGAAUCCGGCCCCGGCCCACCAAAACCAGCUUCGUGGGCUCCUACUACCUGUGCAAAGACAUGAUUAACAAGCAGGACUGUAAGUACGGGGAUAACUGCACGUUCGCCUACCAUCAGGAGGAGAUCGACGUGUGGACCGAGGAGCGGAAGGGCACUCUCAACCGCGACCUGCUCUUUGACCCACUGGGGGGCGUCAAGCGUGGCAGCCUCACCAUCGCCAAGCUCCUUAAGGAGCACCAAGGCAUCUUCACUUUCCUCUGCGAGAUCUGCUUUGACAGUAAACCCCGGAUCAUCAGCAAAGGCACCAAGGACUCUCCGUCUGUCUGCUCCAAUCUGGCUGCCAAGCACAGCUUCUAUAACAACAAGUGCCUGGUACACAUCGUCCGCUCCACUUCCCUCAAGUAUUCUAAGAUCCGCCAGUUCCAGGAGCACUUCCAGUUCGACGUGUGCCGUCAUGAGGUCCGCUAUGGCUGCCUGCGGGAAGACAGCUGCCACUUUGCCCACAGCUUCAUCGAGCUCAAAGUCUGGCUGCUGCAGCAGUACUCAGGCAUGACCCACGAAGACAUCGUCCAGGAAUCUAAGAAAUACUGGCAGCAGAUGGAGGCCCACGCCGGGAAGGCCAGCAGCGGCUUGGGUGCCCCGCGGGCGCAUGGGCCCAGCACCUUUGACCUGCAGAUGAAGUUUGUGUGCGGCCAGUGCUGGAGGAACGGGCAGGUGGUGGAGCCUGACAAAGACCUCAAGUACUGCAGUGCCAAGGCCCGGCACUGCUGGACCAAGGAGCGGCGAGUCCUUCUGGUGAUGUCCAAGGCCAAGAGGAAAUGGGUGUCAGUGAGGCCACUGCCAUCCAUUCGCAACUUCCCACAGCAAUAUGAUCUCUGCAUCCACGCGCAGAAUGGCCGCAAGUGCCAGUAUGUGGGGAACUGCUCCUUCGCACACAGCCCAGAAGAGAGGGACAUGUGGACAUUCAUGAAGGACAAUAAGAUCCUGGACAUGCAGCAGACCUAUGACAUGUGGCUGAAGAAACACAACCCGGGGAAGCCAGGAGAAGGGACCCCAAUCAGUUCCCGCGAAGGGGAGAAGCAGAUCCAGAUGCCCACGGACUAUGCUGACAUUAUGAUGGGCUACCACUGCUGGCUCUGUGGCAAGAACAGCAACAGCAAGAAGCAGUGGCAGCAGCACAUCCAGUCCGAGAAGCACAAGGAGAAGGUCUUCACGUCUGACAGCGACGCUAGCGGCUGGGCCUACCGCUUUCCCAUGGGCGAGUUCCGGCUCUGUGACAGGCUCCAGAAGGGCAAGGCCUGCCCAGAUGGGGACAAGUGCCGCUGCGCUCACGGGCAGGAGGAGCUCAACGAGUGGCUGGACCGGCGCGAAGUGCUGAAACAGAAGCUGGCCAAGGCCCGCAAGGACAUGCUCCUGUGCCCACGCGACGAUGACUUUGGCAAAUACAACUUCCUGCUGCAAGAGGAUGGCGACGCUGCUGGUGCUGCCCCCGAAGGCCCUGCUGCUGCCACCAUCCCUGGGGAGUAGGGCCAGGUUUGGGUCCUGGGAGAAGUCCUAGGGUCAGAGGGCGGGGUGGGGACUGAGGGCCUGGUAGAAGGGCCAGGGCUGGGGGUGGGGGGCCCGCCCUCACCAGGCAGCCCCCCGCCCUGGGGGCCCCACCCAUCCCGUGUGCCCCCACUGCCCCGGUGUGCAAGCCCAGGUGCACGUGCUGCAGCCCAAGGGGUCCCAGGGUCCUCAUCCUGCUGAAACCCUGGGCAGCCCCUCCCCACCCCCCAGCGUUCCUGGUUGGGGAAGGAGAGGUCUGGCUGACCCCUCCAGCUUCAGCUACAGCUUUAACUUCUGUCUGCUCCUAAAGGGGGCCCAAAGCUCAGGGCUGGGGAGCCUGGGGUCCCCACUUGAAUCUGCAGCAGGAGGGUCCUUCUCCCUUCCCCACCCUCACCCCACCCCCACCUCCCUGGGGGCAGAUCAGGACACAACAGAGGGCAGGAGUCCCCAAUUAGCUUUAAAAUGCAGCCCCAGAAUGGAGUUGGGGACACUGUACUGGUCACUUACUCUCUGAGGCCUCAGUUUCCCCUCUGGUUGAAAGCAUGGGACGGUCUGGGCUUGAUGAUCUCUGGAGUCUGGCUCUCUGGUGAGGCCACCAGCCCAGCCUCUGGCCCUCUUGGGCCACUGACUGUAGACUGCAGGUCCUCAGAGCCUUCGGAGAUGCCCCAGCCCAAACCCCCAUUUGGCAGAUAGCUAAACAGGCCUAGAAGUGGGUAGUUUUCUGCCCAGGGUCUGCAGCCUAUGGCAUGAGGUAGAACUGGGGUGCAAACUGUGUCCAGAAGAUUCAGGGCCCAUCAUCAGCUGGAGCCUCCAGGUUCUGAGCAGAGAUGUGACAGCCUCUGAAUGCAGCUGGGGUCCCAGGCAGCACCGCCCUGGUGCUGGGGAAGGUCAUGUCAGCACCCAUGGAGGGACAGUCCCUUUCUGAGGGUCGUUGUGGAGAGUGUAACAGCAAAGGUUACUUCCCUGCGCUGGCCAGGAAGAAGUGGUCACGGGCAGGGCACCCACAGGCUCAGGUGCUGCAUGAGGUCCUGGGGGGAAAGGGGAGACAUGACCCUGGGCACCAUGGGCCACUCCAGGAUCGGACACAGCCCCCUCUUUCUUGGGGACCCAGCAUGGUCCUUUCCAACACCCUUUCCCCCAGACUUGGACAUACAAUAUGGCCAUCUGCCCCAGCCUCUCCCUGCUCCCCGACCCUAACAGCUGCCUAGGACCCCAGCUGACCCCCAGCCCUUGCCCCCACCCACCAAGCCCCUCUCCCAUCCCCCUCUUCUGACGUCUGUGUGCACCCCUCUUCUCUAUCCCACCCCUUGUGGGCAGACCCAGCCUUCCCUGGUUCCCUAGACAUUCCAGAAUGCCCCACACCAUUGGCACAAGAAGUGGGGCCCCCCCGGAAGGAACCGGGAACCAAGGCUGAGUCGGGGGGUGAGAUGGAGAGUAUAAAUACCCCUUAUUUCUCCUCAAGCCAGGAUUGAUAGUGUGCGAUAUGCUGACGGGCACCCGGGCCGCAGAGAACCCUGUUCCUCUCGCCGCCACUGCCCUACCUUCCCCAGUAAUCGUGGCAUGCAUCCCUUCCUCCCCGCCCCGCCCCCAGCAGGCCAGCACUGCAGAGUUUGGGUGCUGGGGGUGUGGCUGGAGGGGAGGAGACCACACCCAAGGAGGGGGCGUGGCCGUGAAUGUCAAUGACACUCGUUUCCCCUGAUCCGUGGUGUUGCAGUCUGUCGUCACCAGCCUUGUUUUUAGUGUGUAUAUAUGUCGCCCCCAUGAUGCAUAUAUACACAGGUAUUAACUAUAUCGCUCUAUAUAAUAUUAUAUAUGUGUGUGGUAUCCAACGAAUCACUUCUAAUGAGGGCUAAAGAUAAAGAAUUUGGCCAGGAAAAUGCAGCCAUCCUGGUGUAAUUAGGAGAGAUUUGGGGGGGUCGGCAAGCCAUUUGUGAGGACUUAGGCAAUGGAGCCAUAGUCCAAGGUGAUGAGGGCAGCAGGGGCAGAGGUGGCCACACCUGGGCCCAGCUCUGCCUGGUAGCUUCCAGACCACCCCAGCUUCGGAGGGAAAGAGCGGGAAUGUUCAAAGAAAACAAAUGAUUGGUGUUUGUGUCCCACCCAAGGGAAGAGGAUUAGAGUCCCCAUUUUUUCUUCUUAUCCUGUUAUCUGACCAGGGGCCCUUAGGAUCUGGGCCUUCCUGGCCUGGCCAGAGCUGGAUCCCUGAGCAAGAGGCGGCCAGAGGUCACGGGGGGGAGGGGAACACUUUGAAUGAUGAGGGUGAUUAUUUCAGCUGUGACUUUGACAGGGCGGCUCAGGCAGUGGAAUUGGGCCUGUGCCCACUGCCAUCAGGCAGGGACAAGAUGUCAUGGGGAACAUGGUAAUGGGGACAGGUGCCCCUAAUGUGAGUUGACGGUCCCUUUGGAGUGGGGCAAAGAGGGAUGCUGCAUUUCUUAGCUGGGCAGUAAUCAAUUUAAGGGUCCUUUUAAAAUGUCUGUGUAUUAAAAAUUUAAGAAUACCACACUUUAAUAUUAAAUAUUCAUAAGGUCUAGUAUCUUGAUAAUAAUGUAGAUGUUUUAAUAACAAUUUUUGUCCUUCUUAAAAUAAAAUGAAAGAAACUUGCUUCUUUUAGCUUUUGUUCUAGAAAAUAAACGUGUGCAUUUUGA